AUGAAGCAGGAGCCUGGCAUCAAGGCAGAGCCGGAAGAUACCAAGCCCCGCGCUGGGCAGCGUGGGUAUCGUGAUAUCCCGCUGUACUCCAUGGGCGCGACGAAUGCAAUGACGCAUCUGAUGAAGUUUGCGAGUCACACUCGUGUGGAUCCCAACCAGGAGACGCAAUUUGUGCCGCCUGUCAAGCUGAAUCGCAAGAUGCCGUUGCGGCUCAAGAUGCCGCCUGCGCAGCCUGGCGACGUCGUAGUAGACAAAUGGGGCAAGCCUGUCAUGGACAAGGACGGCCAGCCUCUGACGUGGCCUGCGCCCGGGUUUGACUUGGAGUCUGUUCGCCCGUAUUUGGGCCUUGAUCAGCCAAAGGUCCUCGACGAGGAGACAGGCGGCGGCUUCACACGCGCGAAGCCGUUCAAGAAACGUGUGCGCGAGGUGCACAAGUCCGGCAAUGCAGCGCGACGUACCCGCAACGAAGAGUUUUACCCAUGGGUCCUGGAAGAUUUCGAGACGUCGCAGGAAUGGGAGAGUGCACGCGAGCCGCUGCCCAAUAGUCUGAAGAUGUUGGAACAGUACUACUAUGCAGAGAAGGAGCGCCGUGAGCAUGGCACAGACACGAAGCCACGCAUGCCGAAGAGCGAAGCGACGUCCUCGGCUGCGCACGGCCCGUCCUCCUCGCAUGCGCCGUGGAUCGGCCAGCUGGAAGGCGACUCGGACGAGAACUCUACGUCGCACCAUGUGCUCUUUGUGUUUGACGAGCGCAAUGCGGGCGGCUUCAAAGUCGUGCCGAUUCGACGGCAGUACAAAUUCAUGCAGCUCCAAAAACAUGCCCUGUCCAGCGAGCAGGUCGAAGAAGAGUUUGCACGGCAGCAGCGGUCCUCGGAGACGGACCGCUGGAUGAUGCGGUAUCGGUACCAGACUGGCGCUGGCACAGGCGCCGUGGCUAGUGCGGGCCCGUCGCGUGCAGGCGCCGCCGCGGCGCGUAUGCCGAUGCUCUCGCUCCCUGGCCAGCCCUCGAUGCUGGGAUGGCAGAGCAGUGCGCGUCUGGUGGCAGUGCAAGGCGAGUCGCAGCAUGGGCGGGACGACGACGACGACUUGUUUGGCGCGAUGCCCAAGCAGGAGACGACGUACGAUGAGCUGGACUUUGAAGAAGAGUUUGCCGACGACGAAGAGCGCAUCGGCAUGAACGACGAGGCCGAAGAAGCGGAGGCAAAAGAGCUGGACGAGCGGCUCAAGCGCGAAAUGGUCGCGGAUCAUGUGGACGAUAUGGCGAUCAAGCAGGAGCCGGACGACGAUGCCGCGUACGAUGCCGUGGCUGUGAACCGACGUAGCGGCGCGGCCGAUCCCCUGUAUGGCUCUGCCGCGACGUACGAUCGGCAUGAUGACGCGAUGCUCACGGGCAGUGGGCGUCAGAUGCGCAAGAUCAUGAAAGCGCUAAGUCGGCGGGAAGGGCUGGAUAUGUACGACAGCGACGAAGAGGCGAAGAAUCCGUACGCCAGUGACGAGUCGGACGACAAUGAGGACUUGGACGUGCUGCAUCCCGAGCGUGCGAUCCUCGCGGCGCGCGAAGAAAAAGCGCGUGCGGAGCGCAUGGCAGCGGCAGCGGCAGCGGCGGCGGCUACCGCGACGCCCACGUCGGCGCCGCCCAGUGGGACCCACACACCGGACCCGGACGCGAGCUUGAAACGCAAGAACGAGCUGCUUCGGCCUGGGCCGGACGAGCCCAAGAAGAAACUACGUACCGACUCGCGCGCAAGCUCGCCUGGCGCGGGGGGCACACCUGGGCGCGCGAGCUCGCCGCCGCGGCCCCUAUCGCCGCUCGAGUCGGAAAUUGCGCAUCUCCUGUCGAACGGCGUGGUGGCCAGCACCUCUGACUUGGUCCAGCAUUUCCGUGCGCGACUCAAGCAGGAUGCCACGUUGAAAGAGCAGCUGAGUGCCGCGGUCAAGCGCAUUGCGUACAUGGACAAGAAAGACAACAAACUGAAGCUGAAAGAGGCGUACGCUAUGGAUGGCGGAGCAUCUUCGCCGCGCGGCGGUCGCCCUGGAUCAACGGCAUAA